GUACCCUAGGAUUGGUAUUUAUCCUCUAUUUGGGCGAGCGCCCAGCUGACCUUUCGUCGCCAGCAGUCGUUGUGAGUGCAAAAUUUUCAUGGCGUCGCUCAUCGUGCAUCGUACCAUCGGCCGUUUGAGUUUCUAAAGUGUCUGGUCGCCCGCACGGUGUUUUCAUUUCCUAAUUCCAUUUAAUGUGACAAUGGUACCGACAAUGCCCCCCGACGCCCACAAAAUAUCCCUCAAAAUUAUAGAAGCUAUCAAGCAACAUCCAGUACUGUACAUAUCCGAUGUCAAAGGAACUGCAAUCAAACUUCAGGAAUUUCGACAGAAAGUCUGGAAGAGAAUUUCUGACGAAUUAGGAUUGGAUCCUGCUUGGGUCAGACUCAGAUGGAAAAACCUCAGAGACACGUAUUGUCGAAUAUUGAAGUAUAAAAAUCGAACUAAUAAGGGGUCGAGAAGGAAGAAAUGGGUGUUCGAGGAUCAUCUUAGUUUUCUCAAAUUUCCAUACGAACCUGAUUACCAGCCCCAGUGUGUCGAGCUCUCGGACGAGUACAUAGAGGAAAUAAAUGCAAGUGGAAUGAGCACGGAAAACCUGCUAGAGCAGUUGGAAGACCGUAGCGACGAGGACUACAGUGAAUACCUAGAAGUCCUCGAGGAAACGGCAGCAGACCCGAUCCUCCAGGAUGACAGCCAAGUCGUGGAGAUCCUGGACUGCGUCAACGAGGAAGACUUGAACCCAGAAAUGGUAGAGAAAGACAGUGCCACUCUGCAAGUAGAGUCUUACGCUCGAGAGAUCGAGAACAAUUACAUCAGGAUACGUCCGAAGAAGAUGAAGUUCGAUCACGAUGUGCAAUUAGGUGCCUCCAACGUGUCCCCCAAUGAUGGAACAAAAAUAGAUUCAAACAUCAAUACAAUUGUCAUAUCAACAAGUGACCUACCUGCCCCAGAAGACAUCGAAACGACUGAGAAUGAUCAUAACGAUCAGGACAAUGACCACGAAAUCAGCCUGGACCAUUCGAACCCUAAAGAGUGUUACGCCGAGGAACUGCCAAAGACCAGCAUAGAACUAUUCUUCGACAGUAUGGCUCAGACAGUGAGACUACUCCCCCCAAAAGCCCAGGCAGAGGUCAAGAUGUCAGUGUGUAGAAUAGUGACAGAAGCUGAAGUCAAAUAUUCCAACAAAAAAAAUAUCCACAAUGUUCAGAAAUUCAUAGCUCCCCCUGGAAUGAUCCCCAAACUAGUGUUGAUACCCUGCAGUAUGAUCGACAAUCCCAGCAACAGCAACUGAAUGAUCUUACUCAGUUAUUUAUUUGUCACUGCUCAAGUUUGUUGAAAAUGAAGAAAUAAUUGCUGAAUGUUACCAUUGGAUGCCCUGCCAAGACAGCAUCACUCGAGAUCGAGAAGAAUUACAUCAGAAUACGUCUGAGGAAGAUGAAGUUUGAUCAUGAUGUGCAUUCAGGUGCCUCCAACGUGUCCCCCAAUGAUGGAACAAAAAUAGAUUCAAACAACAAUACAAUUGUCAUAUCAACAAGUGACCUAAUUCCCCCUGGAAUGAUCCCCAAACUAGUGUUGAUACCCUGCAGUGUGAUCGACAAUCCC